AUGACCGAGCAAACGAAAACUACAAUCAAGAAUACCCAUGCAACCCUGAAAGCCUCAGGGACCGGCCUCGACAGAGUUGUUAAAGCGGUGGUCGAUGUCAAAGAUACCAAAUCUAUGCCUGAAUUUGCAUCUGUUUAUGUCCCUGCGUUCCCUCAUCGCCCUGCGCGAUCUAUGGUUGAGGUGUCAAAGCUGCCCGCCGGGGUCGAUAACCAGCUGGACUUUAUUACGGUUGUAUAG